GCGAAAUCUAGCGGGCCGUCCCGCCCUUCUCUGGCUUCUUAUAGGAGCGAAAGCCACAAGCCGCAGCACUGAGCUGCAGACGCCGCGCAGCUUCGCUCUACUCGCCCGGCCCGCGGCGCUCACCGGCUGCGCUGGACGCUUCCUUCUUGGAAGCGCCUCUCCCACAGCUAUGGAGAAAACUUACAUAGAUGCACUUCCUCUUACUAUGAAUUCCUCAGAACAGCAAGAGACUGUAUGUAUUUUUGGAACUGGUGAUUUUGGAAGAUCUCUGGGAUUGAAAAUGCUCCAGUGUGGUUAUUUUGUUGUUUUUGGAAGUCGGAAUCCCCAGAUGACCAACCUACUGCCCAAUGGUGCAGAAGUCUUGAGCUAUUCAGAAGCAGCUAAGAAGUCUGACAUCAUAUUCAUAGCAAUCCACAGAGAGCAUUAUGAUUUUCUCACAGAAUUAACCGAGGUUCUUAAUGGAAAAAUAUUGGUAGACAUCAGCAACAACCUCAAAAUCAAUCAAUAUCCAGAAUCUAAUGCAGAGUACCUUGCUCAGUUGGUGCCAGGAGCCCACGUGGUAAAAGCAUUUAACACCAUCUCAGCCUGGGCUCUCCAGUCAGGAGCACUGGAUGCAAGUCGGCAGGCAAUACUCAAGAAAGAGAUUCCAUUUAGUACCUCCACAGCCUGGCUUUAUGAUUCAUAUGUGGCUUUGGGAAUACUUGGAUUUUUUCUGUUUGUACUCUUGGGAAUCACUUCUUUGCCAUCCGUUAGCAAUGCAGUCAACUGGAGAGAAUUCCGAUUUGUCCAGUCCAAACUGGGCUAUUUGACCCUGAUCUUGUGUACAGCCCACACCCUGGUAUACGGUGGGAAGAAAUUCCUCAACCCUUCAAAUCUCAAAUGGUAUCUUCCUGCAGCCUACGUGCUAGGGCUCAUCAUUCCUUGCAUCGUGCUGGUGAUCAAGUUUGUCCUAAUCAUGCCAUGUGUAGACAACACCCUUACAAGGAUCCGCCAGGGCUGGGAAAGGAACUCAAAACACUAGAAAUCAGCACUGAAUGUGAAAAGCAGAUAUUUAAAGCAAAGUUCAAUUUACCUGGAGUUCUGAACUAUAGUUUUAAAUGUUUAAAGAAGAAUGAUGGGUGCCGUUAGUAAAGCUUUUUUCUUACACCAUGACUGAGAUUCCUGAACACAGAGGGAAACAUUGCCUAUCUUUGAGAAAUUGGUAUACUAGAAGAGAACACUAUUUUAUCUCAGGUUAGUGAAGAAUCAGUGCAGGUCCCUGCCUCUUGUUUUCCUGGUGGCUGUGGGGCUGAGAUUGAGAUUAGCUUUGUGGUUUCACACUAAGAAGCUUCUUGCUAUGGGAAACAUGCAUGACCUAAUAUCUUGCAAAAUCCAGUGGAAGUACAUGCAACUUCCUUCUCUGACUCCAGGGCUGAGUUAAGUGAAAGAAAAAAACAGCACAGUGGUGACCACUGAUAAAGGUAUAUCUGAAGAAGUGGGCCACAUGAAAUUUGAAAAGGAAAUGAGUUUUUUUGUUUGUUUUUUGGAAGUAAAGGCAAACAUGUAUUAUCUGAUGAAUUCUAGUGAAACGACCCCUUAACUUUGCUUUUAUCAGUACAGAUAUUUACUGUGGAGAACUAGUUUAUAAUGUAACAAAAAUUUACAAUUGAUUAAAAGUGACCAUGCCUUGGAUACAUGCAAAUCUGCAGAGUUGUCAUAUAAUUCUUCCUCUACAAAAAGUAGGUAUAGGAAAGACUGAAUAAAAAUGAAGAGAUAUCCACUUGGAUUCCCCUUGCAUUGUGCAACAAGCAAAGAAGGGUUAAUAAAAGUCCUUGAACAAAAAGUUCAAAUAAACCAGAAUUUUAGACAGCAAGCUAAAUAAAUAUUGUAAAGUUGCACUAUAUUAGGUUUAGUAUUAUUUUGGUAUUAUAAUAUGCUUUGUAAAUGUUAUAUUCCAAAUAUUAUUCAAUAUGUGUCAUCUAUUAAUUUCUAGUAUAAAGAGGUAGCCUCUAUAUCUGUCUUAGUCUAUUAUAAUUGUAAGCAGUAAAAUUAAAUUAAUAAUCUGAAGGUAUAAAUUUGAACAAUGCAUAGAUGAUCGAAAAUUAUGGAAAGUCACAGGGCAGAAAUGUGUGAAGAGUCGUCAUUAUGUAAAACAUGGAUCUUUCUCAAAUCCUUCCUGAAAUUUAGGAUGGUUCUCACUGUUUUCCUGUGCUGAUAGUACCCUUUCAAGGUGACCUUCAGGAGGAUUAACCUUCCUAGCUGAAGCAUGGAGUUAAAAGGAGCCUUAUGCAUGAUCUCCCCACAUACCAAAAUAACUAAAAGUCGUUGAGUUUGUCAUUUUUCUGCCUGUUCUACUAAGACAUUUUUUUUACUUUCACCAUAACAUAUCAUACAUAACAUUAUACAAAAA